GGAGAAAAAGAAGAAGACGACAUCGACAUCCUUGUUUACUCUGCUUCUAGGUUGUUGGCUGGGGUUGCAACACUGCUUGUUUGUUGGUCGCUCUAUGUGGCUUAUUAACACCUCGAGUUUAUGAUAAACCGGCUUGAUAUCUCAAGAGGCUCUGACUAGCCGUGGUCAGGAAGCGAUCGAUAUCUGUCUGACAGUAGACAUAACUACAUAACGAAUAUGUCCUAAGCUUGUAUUUGGCGACGGAAUUAAAGUGAGAGUGGCUUUUCAGAUGUAGCUUGUUAGUUAGCUGCGCCGCGUAGAGUGUCCACACAGCUUUUUUUGUUCUGCUCGUGGACAGCAUCUGAAUGACAGAUUAUUUCCAGUGAUAAGUAGACACGGGGCACAAAACAGCAAUUGUCUUGUUGAAAAGACGCGUCAAGGAUAAUUCCUGGUUUUCGGUCUCAGCCCCGGGGCUAACCCCCGGUCGCAAAACCGAUUUAAUGGCCGGAAAUCCGAGGAGGGCCGCCGGUCUCUUCGGCUUGAUGAAGGACGCCUUUCAACCCCACCAGCAGCCUCUCCAGCCUCACCAGCCUGCAGUGGUUGAUAAGAAAAUGGUGGAGAAAUGCUGGAAACUCAUGGAUAAGGUGGUGCGCUUGUGCCAGAACCCCAAGGUGGCAUUGAAGAACAGCCCGCCCUAUAUCCUGGAUUUGUUGCCAGACACCUACCAGCACCUACGCACCAUUCUGUCCCGAUACGAGGGCAAAAUGGAGAUCCUUGGGGAGAACGAGUAUUUUCGCGUGGUGAUGGACAACCUGACCAACAAGACUAAACAGACAAUGAGCCUUUUUAAAGAGGCCAAGGAGAGGAUGUAUGAGGAAAAUUCCCAGCCCAGGCGAAACCUCACCAAGCUGUCCCUGAUCUUUAGUCACAUGCUAGCAGAGCUAAAAGCCAUCUUCCCCAAUGGCCUGUUUCAGGGCGACAACUUCAGGAUCACCAAAGCUGAUGCAGCCGAAUUUUGGAGAAGGUCAUUUGGGGACAAGACCAUUGUACCAUGGAGGACAUUUCGCCAGGCUCUUCAUGAGUUUCACCCCAUCAGCUCAGGCCUGGAGGCCAUGGCCCUAAAGUCCACCAUCGACCUCACCUGCAACGACUACAUCUCUGUCUUUGAGUUUGACAUCUUCACCAGGCUCUUCCAGCCAUGGUCAUCUCUUUUAAGGAACUGGAACAGUCUGGCAGUCACACACCCUGGUUACAUGGCCUUCCUAACCUAUGAUGAGGUCAAAGCCCGACUGCACAGAUUCAUCCACAAACCUGGCAGUUACAUAUUUCGGUUGAGCUGCACUCGGCUGGGCCAGUGGGCGAUCGGCUACGUCACAGCUGACGGGAACAUCCUGCAGACCAUCCCCCAUAACAAACCACUCUUCCAAGCCCUCAUUGAUGGGUACAGAGAGGGAUUCUAUCUGUUCCCAGAUGGCCGUGCACAGAACCCAGACCUCACCGGGCUGUGUGAACCUUCUCCACAGGACCACAUCAAAGUUACUCAGGAGCAGUAUGAGCUGUACUGUGAGAUGGGCUCCACUUUCCAGCUUUGUAAGAUCUGUGCAGAGAACGACAAGGAUGUCAAGAUCGAGCCCUGCAGACACUUGAUGUGCACCUCCUGUCUGACUGCGUGGCAGGAGUCAGAGGGUCAAGGAUGCCCGUUUUGCCGCUGUGAGAUUAAAGGCACAGAGCCCAUCGUAGUGGACCCCUUCCACCCAAAGGCCAGCGGGGCUUCCUUUGCUGGUUUCCAGGGGUCCAGCAGAGCAGACGCUGCUGGGAACGAUGAGGAAGAAGAUGACCGCCUGGAGGACCAGAACCUGGUUAUGAGCAGGCUGGCCUGCACCAAGGUAGAUCGCCCAUCGUCUCCAGUGUCUCAGCUGCCUCCGGUGCCACCCCGGCUGGACCUCCUGCAGCAAAGACCCUCCAGUUCCCACAGUGCACUGGGCCAGGGGGCCACACCCAAGGUCUGUGUAAAAGAGUGUGCACUAAAGACGAACAGUGUUUUAGACCCCCUGGUUGUGGAUGCACCUAAGAUGGCAGCCACUCACAGAGACAAGCCUCUGCCUUUGCCUCCAGCCCUGAGAGAGCUGCCCCCUCCUCCCCCUCCGGAGCGCCCCUCCCUGGUCAGUCAGGACUCCAGACUCCAGAGGAGACCCCUGCCCUCCACCCCCGACCAGCCCGCCUGGGCUGCCAACUACAUGGUCCCACGUCCUACAGCCAAGGCCCUGUCAGCCCUGUCCACCACCCCUCAGAGCAACGGAGCCAGUGGCGAGGGAAGCAAACCCCCGUCAGCUACCAAUGCUGUCUACUGUCUGGCUGGGAGGUCUCUGCCGGGAGCAGUGGUGCUGAGUGGGGAGAAGUCGUUGUCGGACUGUGAGGAGAACGAGUACAUGAGUCCUACGUCUCUUCCAGCCUCUGGUACUCCCUGGGUCAUAACAGGCUCCUUGGUACCCCUACCACCGGUCCAGGCAAACCACCACAGUGAGAUCAGUGAGGCGGGGGACAGUGAUUCUGAGGACCCCCAAGUCUACGAGUCCAUGUGUAAUAUCCAGGCCCAGGCUAGUUCAUCUGAGACGUCUGAGCUUUCAGACCCCGCACAACAUUCAGAUGUGGUUUCCCAGGACAAGAAGGAGGAGAGCAGUGUGGAGGAUGUUUACAUGUAUAACUGUCCCAGACCGGUGGUCCCCCCAGCCCCCACCAGGAGAACCCUGUCGGAUAUGAGCGGUCCCUCAGCCGCCUUCUGCACCCUCAGCAUGGACAGUGCAGUAGAAGCUAGUAUGUUUGCAGCAGGAGUGGACCCUGAACGACCCCCCAAACCUCUCCCACGACGAGCCAACUCUGACCGACGGCCUCGCCCUUUAAACCGUGAAUUUCCUGCUCCAUUGCUAGACCUCCCGGGCCCCUCCCCUCCUCCUCCUGCGGGCCCUGGAAGCCUGGCGCUAAACGGGGAGAUCGAGUGCCUGAUGUCCCAAGGUUACUCCAUUCAGGACAUCCAGAAAGCCCUGAUGAUCGCCCAGAACAACCUGGAGACAGCCAAGAACAUCCUGCGCGAGUUCGUCUCCAUCCCGUCCACGGCACACAUCGCCACAUAGUCGCUCCAGCCUCACUCAUCCCAUCUGUGUUGUCUGUCUCCGCUCCGUGCCAUUAUCAUGGAUAGCCUUUACCAAGCAUGGCCAAAAGGCUUGGCUCUGUGUAGCGUUGCUGUGUUUGCAUCAUAUCAGAAGGAGACGGAGAUUACAGCUACAUCACAGUGAGUCAUUUGUACUUUGAACAAACCGCAGCAGUUAUUGCUCUUCUAAGAGGAAUUUUGGUGUGGAAAAUAGAUUAUUUUGAUUCUCUUGGACUACUGUUAUGCCAGUGCCAAGUAGCUGACACCGAAGCCUCAAACUCUCCUGUUUACUCAUAAUUACCACUUGGAUAUUGAGGUUUUUGGGCCAGUUAGAAGGAGCACAAGGAUGGCAGUGUCAAACCAUUAGUCCAGUUUAGUUUAGGGAGCAGCUCAGUCUUGGAGGCAGACCUGAGAUCUGAUAUGAUCUGAACGCAGCAUACACAGAGAAUCAAAGCCAAGCUUUGGCCCUGCUGUACUUUGCUGAGGUCGACUCAUGGCGUGGUAGUUUCUCCCCCUCAGUAAGAGUACGUUCUCUCAUUAAGCUAAGUGUUGAAGCUACACUGACUUUAAUCAGACGAGGGACCCUGCAGGUCCUCGUUCUCGACUCGGUGUCCCACUGCUGGCAGCCAUUCACUUUGGUGCUUUACGGGCUUUUUGGCAAAUUGUGGCGUACGAAUAUGUAGCGACACAAAGUUUGGUCAGAAAUUAGUGAUUAACACAGUGAAGUGUGUAUGUGUGUGCUCAUGCUGAUGAAUGUGAAUGUCCAGUUGCAGUGCAGUAUUGCGGGGCGGGGCUUCAUGCCCUAUGCGUCACUGUGGCUCACUCCGUUUCGGUGGCUAUUUGACUCCAUAUCUCCUUUCAGCUCCUGGUAUAAUGAUGGUUCUCUAAUGAAAUAACAAGUUUAGUGUUAAAGUUCUAUCAUAACGUGUUGUGCUGUGCAAGGUACUAACAAUGACUGAAAACCCAGAUGUUCAUUUUGUCAUUAAAUUCCAUGAUUUCCUGCCACCAUUUGAGGUGGUCAGACACUGAAGGCUGGUUUAGUCAAAAGCUUCUGUAUACGCUUUGUUUGUUUCUAAAAAGUGAAAAGACUUGACCUGUUAGAUUUCCUCUCAUGUAUUUUUUUUUUUCAGCGUCACAUUUGUACCCAGAACAGCUUCACUGGGUUCAUUAAGAAAUCAGAAUGAAGGGAUUUACAUCGAGCUCUAAAGCAAAAAAAACUGUGGGUGGUGUGUUGUUGUGGACUCAGGUACUAGUAAUAAGCCAGGGUUAUAUGCAAUGAAAAUGCUAAAUGACACAUAGCGACAAUGAUAUAAUGUUGGCAGUGUUGUGGACGAGCACUUAACUCUUGAGUCACAGCACAUCGUUACUGAGACAUUCCAAUAUUUGGAUCAUCUUGCUAAUUGCUACCUUUUUUUGCAUUACAGUAACCUAUCAUAGUUAAUAUUUUUUUAAACUGGUUUGCAGUGCUUCCCCAAAGUCAUUGACUUCCUCCAAUUUCUAACUGGAUUAUUAUACAUCCUACAGUCCUGGGUGGCAGGUUUAUGAAGCUCAGACAUUUCAGUCACUCAGCAACUCAAAUGCAACCUAUAGGACAUAAGUGCUGAGACAACUAGUUGGUUAAUUGAUUAGCGGGUGGACAAAAAAAAAUCUGCAGCUACAUUGAUAGAUUGUUAAAGUAAACAUUUAACACUCCACAUCUGUGUGGAUUCAUUGUUGCAUUUGUCCUAUGUGAUAGUGAAUCAGUCAGCUGGGGCUUAUGGAGUGUUGGUCAGCUAUUUGAAGAUGUGUUUGAGCUUUGAUUGCACAUGGUUUGCACUGAAUUAAAAAAAGAAGACUAUCUCUGUGUGUAGGAACAUCUUAUUUUUGUCUUCACGUCCACCCUGGCAGCAUUUUUUUUUUUAAAGCCAUUCUGGCGGCAGGUACCAAGAGGGGUACCCAAGUACAGCGUCACAGAGCUGCUAGCACGGCUGCAGACUCCCUCUGUAUUAAAAGUUCCUAAGGAGAUUGGUUCCAUCUGGUGAGCUCUUGUAAUCAACAGUCUUUCUGUAAAUAAUUUAAUGCUUUGCGGAGUGACUGAAAUAUCAGUUUGAGUCAGAUCAGGGCUAGUCUGAAUCUCAAAUCAUUUACAUCUGCUCUCCAUGUAAAAAGUUGAACUGAGUAAACUGAAGAGUCCUGUGGAUUUUACUCAGGUGUUUAGAUGUCUUUCCAGUGGACCAGUAAUAAGCAGCUGUCACUCCCAGGCACCACACCUUUGCCUUUUAUAAUGCAUCAUCCUAUCAGGGGAAUUAGAUGUCAUAUGGGCUGAUGUGAUAAGACAACCAGAGGAUCACAGGUGCAUUUAGAGCAAAGAUGAAAAGAUGCCUGUCAUCAAAGCAGGGAGUCCAGACAACAUCAGUGCAGAAUACACACACACACACACACACACACAGUGGCAAGAAAAAGUGAGUGAACUGUGUGGAAUUAACCUGCAUUUAUGCAGCCAUUUGUCUUAGAUCUUAGACAAACAGUCACAGGUUGGAGAGAGCAUGUGAAUCCAGGAGUUAGCAAACCUGGAUCCAAAGGAACGAGCCCGUGGGUCAGAACUACUUUGACUUGCCUUUUACUGCCACUACAUUUAAGAACACUGAAAGAAACGAGGGCUGAGCAUCUCAUUUCCCCUGUCCCAUUUAGCUGAGUGCACUUUCUUCUUUUUGUUUUCUAAAAUAGGUUUUCACUGAUCUCUUAUUUCUACAGUAAUAUAUACAGACAACGUGCCUUUUGUCAAACACAAGCUACACAUCAGCAGAGAAACCAAAACAUCUCCACAUUCACAGUUUAAUGAAACAGAAAUCCACACAGCUCCAGGUUUUAAUUGGAAAAUAGUUUCAGUUUUAGUAUGUACUAAACACACUGACACUGAAAGACACUGAAAAUAAAAUGAAAAUGCAGUUAAAUGAGCAUAAAGUCAGACCACGUUGGAACUGUAAGGCGUGGAUUGAUCCCGUCUUAGAGGACGAGACUGGUUGGUCUAUCUGGCGUCUCGCUGCAAUUCCACAGAAAUCUUACAGCUUUAAUUGCCCCCUAACCAAAAGCAUUUCAAAGCAGCAAGCUGCCCUUUAUAGUCCCCCUCAGCUUGUGUGGACGUACAAAAAAAAAAGCAUCAUCGGUCCCUAGGCUGUGUGUUUGGGUCAUCUCACUGUUUGAACACUAACGGGGACUAACUCCUUGACCAUGAAAGUGCUGCUGUGCAACGACACGCUAGAGGCCGACAUCAUCUCACGCAGACUUCCCCUCAGAGUUACUGUUCAAUUCACUUGGUGUGUUGCUUCAGAUCCACUGGUUAAUGAUUGUGGUAUAUAAAGAUUAGCUCGCCUCCCUUUCAACAAGAACUUGCCUACUAAAAACAUUGUCUUCAUUGCUUUGUUAUUGCCUGUGUACAUAUUUUAUUUAUUUUCUUUUUAAUAUCCUCAGCAUUCAUUGUUGCCACGUUUUCAUGCCUAAGCCAUUAAGAUUUUUAAUUAAACU